AUGGCGGACGAGGUGCAAGCAGGGGCUUCUCCCGCUCAAUCGGACGUCAGCAAGGAAGUCGAGGAGGCUCCAAAGCCUGCAGGUGUCAAAUGGACAAGGUAUAUCGGCCUAAAGGGCAAGGAUUCCCAGGCCCUGGAGGAGCGAUGGGCUCACCGGGAGAAGUGGUCCAUGGGCAUUCUCAGCGAUAAACAGACCGACGAGGUGCCGGGAACCAUCCUGCUGCUCGCCGCAAAGCGAAAUGAGCCUCUCGGCCUUAGAAAUACGCCUGCUCGGACGUCUGCUACAUCACUUCCCUCACCAUACCCUCCAUCCAGAGGCUCCUCGCGCGGCCCUGCACCGGUCCAGAAGCGAACCGCAGAUGGAGCCAUAGUCCUAGAUCCUCAGCCGGAGGAAUCUAUGAACGAUCCUCUUAACUGGCCGAUGUGGCGGCGAGACCUGGCCAUGCUCUGUCUGGGCUUCUACUGCAUGCUCGGAGGCGGUAUGACGCCCAUCCUGGCAGCUGCAUUCAAUGAAGUCGCGGCGGAGUACCACAUCACCUUCCACGAGGUCGCCCUAACCACCGGACUCUACAUGCUGGGUCUCGGCCUCGGCUCCGUCGUCAUGUCGCCCACUGCCAUCUUAUAUGGUAAGCGGCCGGUUUACAUUGCCGGUGCUACCAUGUUUAUCAUCUCUGCAGUCUGGUGUGCUCUUUCUCCUUCCUAUGUCAGUCUUGUCAUUGCUCGCAUUUUCCAAGGUUUAGCCGUUAGUCCGGUCGAGUGUCUUCCAUCGGCCACAAUUGCAGAGAUCUACUUCUUGCAUGAACGUGCAUACCGAGUUGGAAUAUAUACUUUGCUGCUUUUGGGCGGAAAGAACUUGAUUCCCCUUGUCAGUGCCGCCAUCACAAACAGCUUAGGAUGGCGUUGGAUUUUCUGGAUGGUUGCCAUCACCACUGGAUUUAGUGCAAUCCUAGUAUUCUUAUUCGUUCCAGAGACCUUCUGGGACAGAACUCCACGUCCUCGUGCAAAGCGACCCCAUGUGCGAAGGAGCAUGUCUGAUCUUGUCCAUACCAUUCGAGGCAGGUCCUCGCAGCCUGUCACUCCUGGUGCAGUGACUCCCAGCGCAGUGACCCCAGGAAUAGAGGAACCAGACAGGCAGUUGGGUGCCGUUACACCCCGAAAGCAUAAAAAUGCUCAUGUUGGUUUCGCUGGGGAUGAGAAGGCAGAGAUUGAGAAGGAUCACUCCAAGGCAGAGGAUGAACAAGACACCGCCCAGCCUGACAUUCCUACCAUAGUAAUCGACCCUGAGGCCCAGCGGUCCAUCCCAGCUUCCAGAGACCAGGCAGAUCCGACCACCCAGCUAUCUCAACAGCAGAUAUACACCAGCAACCUCCGUGCCAGACCACCAGUCAGCUUCAUCCAGACACUAAAACCAUGGAAUGGCCGAAUUACCAAAGACAGCUGGUUCCGCGUCAUGCUCCGCCCAUUCAUCCUUUUCGCCUACCCUGCCGUCCUCUGGUCCUCCAUGGUCUACGCCCUCUCAGUUGGAUGGCUCAUCGUCCUUUCAGAGUCGGUGGCAGAGAUCUACGCCAAACGCGACACCUACAAUUUCACCCCCUUGCAGGUCGGGUUGGUAUACAUUUCCCCCUUUGUCGCCGGUAUUCUCGGCACCAUCGUGGCUGGAAGAGUCUCAGACAUCAUUGUUCGAUUCAUGUCCCGUCGAAACGGAGGCGUUUACGAACCUGAGUUCCGUCUCGUAAUGGGCCUCCCUAGCACUUUGGCAACUACCAUUGGCCUAAUGGGCUUUGGAUGGAGCGCCCAGGAGAAGGAUAACUGGAUUGUGCCCACCGUCUUCUUCGGUAUCUUGUCCUUUGGCUGUACUCUCGGAAGCACCACAUCAAUCACAUACUGCGUUGAUAGUUACCGUCAAUAUGCCGGUGAGGCUCUGGUGACGCUUAACUUCAGCAAGAACGUUCUCCAUGGAUUUGUUUUCUCUCUCUUUUUCGUCCAGUGGCUUCAGGCAGACGGAGCAAAGGAUGUUUUUGUUGCAUUGGGCGGCAUUCAUCUUGCAUUGAUGCUUUUCACAAUCCCCCUAUAUAUCUACGGCAAACGGGCCCGCAUGUGGACCGUUAGAAAGCAAAUGAUGGAGAAGUUUUAG